CCUCCCCGUCUCCCUCAGACGGCGCCCCCGUCCCUCCCGCGGUCUCGCUCGCUUUCUUGACGUCUCUCAGCCAUUUUUAAACUGCGUGAGGCGGGCAGCGGAGCCGGAGCCGGGUGAGGGAGAAAUUCGGUUACAGCGGCCGAGGCGAGGCACAGCCAGUCCCCUCACGAUCUUAAACAGUCUUCCCCAACUUACUGUGGAUUGAACUACUUGUGAAGAAACCACUUUUUUUCUGGAUAUACUAUGAAACCAGUAACGGAUUGAAGCUAACAAACUGUUACUAAUUUUCCUCCCUGCUGUCUGAUUACCUGUGAUCUUCAACCACCAAUAAUCUGCUGCUGCUGGCUUCCAAAUAUUUCUAACAUUUCAGUGAUUACUAUGAAACUGAGCCACCUUAAGCCUUCAUUUUGCUUUUGUGUGCUGCUGCUGCUGCUUCCACUUUUGCCUUGCAAAAACUAAGACACUUGGAAUCCCCAAAGGACAGGAGAAGGAUAAUAGACUUUAAAAGAAAAAGAAAGCUGGCCAUUAUGAGGCUUAAGCUAGGACUACGCUUCUUUCUCUUGCUCCCUGUGUACUUGUUGAUAAAUCUGUACAGUGCCCUUAUAUUCAUUCCAUGGUAUUUUCUUACAAAUGCUAAGAAGAAAAAAGCUAUGGCAAAGCGCUUAAAAGCUAAGCCCAUCUUUAACAGCCCUGGAAGUCCAUACCGAUCCAUUUCGCAUCUUGAGUCAUUAGCUACCAUAGACUUUUCUGGAGCAGAUACUUUGGACAAACUGUUUGAUCACGCUGUAGCACAGUUUGGGAAAAAGGAUUGUCUUGGAAUAAGAGAGAUCCUGAGUGAAGAGAAUGAAAUGCAGCCCAGUGGAAAAGUUUUUAAAAAGCUGAUCCUAGGAAAUUAUAGAUGGCUGAACUAUGAGGAAGUUAACCAGAAACUGAACCACUUUGGGAAUGGACUAGCUGCACUUGGGCUAAAGCCAAAGAGCACAGUUGCUAUAUUCUGUGAAACUCGAGCCGAAUGGAUGAUCGCAGCACAAACAUGUUUCCGAUACAACUUUCCUUUGGUUACUUUAUACGCAACCCUUGGAGAAGACGCAGUAGCCUAUGGACUGAAUGAAUCUGGAGCAUCAUAUCUAAUCACUAGCACAGACCUUUUAGAAAGCAAACUUAAGAAUGUAUUGUCAGAAAUCCCCUGCCUCAGACAUAUCAUUUAUGUGGACAAGAAGACUAUCAAUAAGUCAGACUAUCCUGAAACACUGGAGAUCCAUAGCAUGCAAGCAGUAGAAGAACUGGGAGCCAGACCAGAAAACUUAAACAUCCCUCCAAGUCGACCUAAUCCUACAGAUAUGGCCUUAGUAAUGUACACCAGUGGCUCCACUGGGAGGCCUAAAGGAGUGAUGAUGAUGCAUAAAAACUUGAUAGCUGGAAUGACAGGACAGUGUGAGCGAAUACCUGGGCUGGGACCCAAGGACACAUACAUUGGUUAUCUGCCUUUGGCUCAUGUAUUAGAACUGACAGCAGAAAUUUCCUGUAUUACAUAUGGCUGCAGGAUUGGAUAUUCCUCUCCACUCACGCUAUCAGACCAGUCAAGUAAAAUUAAAAAGGGAAGCAAAGGAGAUUGUUCUGUUCUGAAACCCACACUGAUGGCAGCUGUACCUGAAAUCAUGGAUCGAAUUUAUAAGAAUGUUAUGAGCAAAGUUCAAGAAAUGAACUAUAUCCAGAAGACAUUAUUCAAGAUUGGAUAUGACUAUAAAUUAGAACAAAUCAAAAGGGGCUAUGAUGCACCCCUAUGUAAUUUACUUUUGUUUAAAAAAGUGAAAGCAUUGCUAGGAGGGAAUGUACGUAUGAUGCUUUCAGGAGGAGCACCCCUUUCACCUCAGACACAACGAUUCAUGAACAUUUGUUUCUGCUGUCCUGUUGGCCAAGGAUAUGGCUUAACAGAAACUUGUGGAGCAGGGACAAUUACUGAAGUUUCUGACUACAGCACUGGCAGAGUAGGGGCUCCUCUAAUCUGCUGUGAGAUUAAACUGAGAGACUGGCAAGAAGGAGGCUACACUACCAGAGACCAGCCAAACCCUAGGGGAGAGAUUAUAAUUGGUGGGCCUAAUGUCUCAAUGGGAUACUUCCGAAAUGAAGAGAAGACAGCAGAAGAUUUUAUCAUUGAUGAAAAUGGCCAGCGAUGGUUUUGCACUGGAGAUAUUGGAGAGUUUCAUUCUGAUGGCUGUCUGCAGAUCAUAGAUCGCAAAAAAGAUUUGGUGAAGUUACAGGCAGGAGAAUAUGUAUCGCUGGGCAAAGUUGAGGCAGCCCUGAAAAACUGUCCACUUAUUGACAAUAUCUGUGCUUAUGCCAAAAGUGAUCAGUCUUAUGUCAUCAGUUUUGUGGUUCCCAAUCAGAAGAAGUUAACUGCUCUUGCUGAACAGAAGGGUGCAGUUGGCAACUGGGUGGACAUCUGUAACAAUCCUAUUAUGGAAUCUGAAGUCCUGAAAGAGAUUAAGCAGAUGGCUAACAAAAUGAAACUCGAGAGGUUUGAAAUACCUGUCAAAGUGCGGUUAAGCCCAGAGCCCUGGACUCCAGAGACUGGCCUAGUUACAGAUGCUUUCAAGUUGAAAAGGAAAGAGCUGAAGAACCAUUACCUCAACGACAUUGAGCGAAUGUAUGGCGGUAAAUAACCUCCAAACAUCAUGAGUCGAGAAGUUGUGCAGGAUUCCUUCUAGGACUGAGCAACAAAUGUAACUCCCCAAACAUUGGCUAUAAUUAUAAAUGGAGAGGUGGCAUUUUGUGAAAAGGAUGAAAGCUACACUUCAUUUUAAAGAAGGAACGGCACUGGCUUCCUGAACUAUACUUUCAAGAUGCUGUUAAAAUGACUGACCCACUGCCAUUGUUUCAUUUGAUCACUCCCAGUACAGAAUGGUUGUGUUCAUAUGAAACUCCCUCAUUGGGUAAACCAUUGUUUCUUCCUUUUUAUAUUCUGGCUUCUCUUACUCAUAAGGAAUUAAAUCAUCUUUGAAGUUUCCAAUAUGAUGAUUUUAAAAAUGGAGGAAAAUGAGCUUGUAUUUAAUUUAUGCACUGUAUAUGGAAAAAGUGAAGAAAGAAUAGGCAGAAUCAAGCUUAUAGUUUCCAGAGUGCUGCUCAUAAAUCUGUAAUCUCAGGUCCUUUGGUAGAUAAAGUAGUUUCUUUUAACUUGACUGUCAUUAUGCAGAGCUAAGAGACAGAGAGGAGAUAAGUUUGUCUUUUGAAUGGUACUUUCACACAGCCAAAAAUAGACAGAUCCACAAUGCUCCUAACACACAACUGCUUUGGAAUGGGGUUUUGCACAGUGUGUAUAUUCAGCAAACACGUUUAGUUCAUUAAAGCGUCACUGAUCAAAUUUUUGCAGCAGAAAUAUUACCACUGAGUUCUAUAUGCUUAUGCUAGUUUGCUAGUUAACUGAAUACACACUGAGUGCAGUUAGCUAUAGUUCAGGCUGCUAAAGAAAGCACUUUGGCUGUGUGGAAAUACUGAGGAGGAAGAGACAUCUGUGGUACUUUUUUGAGAGUAUUAAGGGCCCAGUAGCAUUUUACUCUACAGUGAAGAGCUGUAAAUGCAGCUUUAAAACCAAUAUUUCUCUUCAGUGUCUUCUGCCUUUAUAAACCACAGACCACAUGAUUCCCUUGAUUUUAAUAGUUCAUGAAUUUAAUAUGGGAGAGGCAAGACAUAUAAUACUGGUGGGAUCUUCUGCAUGCCAGUAUUCAGAGUAUUUAUAGUGCCUAAAAGGGAGACAAGUACACUUCAGAGGUGGACUGUAAUCCACAUUGAAAUGCAUCCUCUCUGUUCCCUAAGGGUUGCAUCCUGCACUUCUAAUACUACUACAAGGAGUCAUUUCCUAUUCAAACCCAAACAUCUAAAAACCUUCUUUUAAAUGAUGGCAAGUUAGUGAUCUUUGCCAUCUCUAACACUACGCCAGCUUCUAACGGUAACACCCGCAUCCAUUAAGUUUUCAGAUAAUUUAUUUAGUACAUUAGGACACUUCCUUGGAAAUCAGUGGGACUAAACAAGUUUGAUGGCUAAACUUUGUCUCUGUCUUCUUAACUGUACACUUGUACUUAUCAAGAAUGGUGAUUUGGGAUGUCUGUGCCUGUUCUCCCAAGCACAUCCAGACCAAGAAUUCAGUCGUUGGUUUUUUUAUGUUGCUUUUUUUUUUUAACUUUGAAAAGGCAUUUCUAUUUAUCUUUUAAUACAUCGCACAACAAGUCAUAUGUAAAAACUGAAUUUCUUACUUGUGAGCAAUGAACUUGAUCUUUGGAAGUUUUUGUUAAAGGAACUUGUUCAAAAGGAAAAUACUGUAUUUAAAUCUUGUCUUCUUUCCGUUUGUGAAAAUGUUUGUUUAAAAACUGGAAUUUCUUGCUGUGCUGAGGGGAGAGUCAGGCAAAGACUCUCCUGUAGUUUGCUGUUUUUGUGUGCUGCAUUCAACAGAGUGUCUCUCUUUUUUGUUUUCCUUUAGUUCAUGCUCUGGACUUUUAUAUCCCUGCAAGCAGGUCACACUUGAACUAGAAAUACUGUAAGAUGUGGCAAUUCUUGAUGCUGUUCUACUUUGCACUUUUCUCUUAAUCCUUUUAUAUAUGUUGCUUCCAGUUUUGUACAGCUGUGACCCUUGAUUGCAAUGUGUUAUACUUUGACUUGGCGCUAAAAAGUAUUUAUAAAAUAGAUUUCUUUUAUUCAUAAUAUUUAAGUGUGUAUAUUAUGGUCAAAAGAAAACAAUCCGGUAUUGUUUCUAAAAAAUGAAGAGAUUUUUGUAUGAAAUGUUGUUCCUGCACACAGCAGUUUUAAAUACAGCUUGGGCAAGUUUUUCCUUCUAUGAAGUGUAUGUGUGGAUCAGUCAACCUUCAAAAUGACAACAAAUUACUAAUUCCAGUUUUCAUUAAGCCCGUUGUGCCAUUGUUCUGGCUGCAACUGGUUAUCCUGUCCUUAAGGACCAAUUUUAAUUUUGAAGCUACAAGGGAUAGUUUAGAUAAUUUUUUCACUGUACUUCUCCUGCCAAACCAGCACACUGCCAACUGAGCUUGUCAACUCCAAUCUGACGACUGCUAAUGGGACCAGGAAAAUGCCUCUUGGUAGUUACUAACCAAACACAUACACUUGUUUACAUAUACAGGAAAUGCUUACCCUGUCAAUUAGUGGAUGUUUUUCUCAAGUGAACUUGUUGAGGUCUGUUACAUUCAGUAUGUGAUAAAAAUUGCUCUUAGACACAAAUUUGCUAUUUUGAAUGUCAUUCAUGACAAAAAUUGUGGAAAAAAACAAAUAUGUGGAGUAAAUAGCCAUUGUGUGCUUCUAAAUCUAA